AAAGUGAAUGACAAAUGCAAUUUAUCACAGAUACAAUUGUGCGUAUGUAUGUAUACAUCUAUAUCUGUAUAAAUAUCGACAGUGUCUGUAAUGGGUAUUGUUGAUAUCCCACACUGUUCUCUGCUACAUUUUAGUUUAGUAGUUUUUCUUUUGGUUGUGACUUCUUAAAGAUCUGCCACAAAAAUCUAGUGCAAAUUAAACAGGUCUUUUAGUAGUAAUGUUGUCUCAAUUUUUGUUUAACUGGCUUGGAUUGAGGCAUAGUUUUUGAAAAAGAAUCAGUAGCAUAUUUCUUAAUUGCAUAAUAAUAGUCUAAGUUUGUACGAAAGACAGAAAAUGGGGAGGACAGGGUGUGUGUAUAUGUUAGGAGAACUGUACUGAAUAAAAAUGAUUCCCUGCUUUUCUUUUUAGAAUUUAUCAAUUUCUGAAUUAAAUAAUUGAAACUCAUUUUACACCUGGUGAAAUAAUAUUUAACUCCUUGGCACUGGCUAAAUGCAUCUUCAUUAAGCAAAUAUUUUGCUAAUACAAUCGUUAAAAUGCAGCAGUCACUGCUAUCAUUAGGUGAAUUGUGUUCACCAGGACACAUCCCAAGAGUGUAGUUACCCCAAUUAAGGUGAAUUUAUAGUACUGUAAGUGAAAGGUGCAUCCCUUUUGUUGUAAAAACUUCCAAAAAUUAAUCUGGAAUUCACAAGAUCUUGUUUUCCAUGGAACAUAUUUAAUGGAGUAUUGUAGCUGUCAUCUUAAAAUUUGUAGUUGUACGAUAUCCCCAUUCACCUUGAAAAUUUUAUAAGAUGGCCAAAAUUUUGAUGGCGUUUUUUUUAUUUGUGAAGAGAUGGCAGCCCUAGAUAAUAGAUCGAAAUAUUUGAAAUGUCAUUUGUAGUUAACAUCUGCUUUUUAAAAAAUGAUAGUAAGACUAGAUGCAACUGAGUAGAGUUGACCACAAUUUAUUCUCUGCAUCCUGCUUCUGUCUUAAAUUUAAGUUUCCCACCUGCUGCAGGAAAUAAGUCCUUCCUGCAUGUAAUUGAAAGCAAAACUGUUGCAGACUGUAGGGGGGAGAAAGAAAGAAAGGCCACAAAACUUUGCUCUACAAAGUCUUUCUUGGAAGUAAUUGUUGCUGAUGCUGUUGAAACGAUCACUUCAAAGUAAAGAGAAAUGAUAUAUUGAAUUUGAAGGCUUGAGGCUUUACGACAGAUCUGCAUGAACUGGUUUCAUAUUGUGUCUAAAUAUGUGUCAGUGCUGCUGCCAAGAAAAUAUGUAUAUACACAGCUCUGUGAGGAAUGUAGUGAAGAUCAAAGCUGCUUGUGGAGAGCUGAACUGAAAUUCAACCAAGUCAAGAAUCUAAAAGCAGAUCCAGAAGAACUAUUUACAAAAUUGGAGAAAAUUGGCAAGGGCUCUUUUGGUGAGGUUUUUAAAGGAAUUGACAAUCGGACUCAGAAAGUGGUUGCUAUAAAAAUUAUUGAUCUCGAAGAAGCGGAAGAUGAAAUAGAGGACAUCCAACAAGAAAUCACAGUGCUGAGUCAGUGUGACAGUCCUUAUGUAACCAAAUAUUAUGGAUCCUAUUUAAAGGAUACAAAAUUAUGGAUAAUAAUGGAAUACCUUGGUGGAGGCUCUGCUCUUGAUCUAUUAGAGCCUGGCUGUCUCGAUGAAAUCCAGAUUGCUACAAUAUUAAGAGAGAUACUUAAAGGACUCGAUUACUUGCAUUCAGAAAAGAAAAUCCAUAGAGAUAUUAAGGCUGCCAAUGUUUUGCUAUCUGAACAAGGAGAGGUAAAAUUAGCAGACUUUGGAGUAGCAGGACAACUAACAGAUACACAGAUAAAGAGAAAUACUUUUGUGGGAACUCCAUUCUGGAUGGCACCUGAAGUAAUAAAACAGUCAGCAUAUGACUCAAAGUCCGAGAAAGCUUUUCUUUCAGUAAGGUUCUGGCACCUAAACUCCUCAGCAACUGGACAGAAGGAGGGCCCCUGGACAGAAGACUGGUUGCUGAUUCCUCAAAACCAUUUCAAACUUUGGGCAGACAUCUGGUCAUUAGGCAUAACAGCCAUAGAACUUGCAAAAGGAAAGCCACCGCAUUCAGCGUUGCAUCCGAUGAAGGUUUUGUUCCUCAUUCCAAAGAACAAUCCACCAACACUGGAAGAAAACUACAGUAAACCCCUCAAAGAAUUUGUUGAGGCCUGCUUGAACAAGGAGCCAAGCUUCAGACCGACAGCAAAGGAGCUCUUGAAACACAAAUUCAUAAUACGAAAUGCAAAGAAAACAUCCUACCUGGCAGAGCUCAUUGAUAGGCACAAGAGGUGGAAGUCUGAACAGAGCCAUGAUGACUCCAGCUCUGAAGAAUCGGAUGCUGAAACUGAUGGCCAGGCCACAGGUGGCCGUGAUUCAGGGGACUGGAUCUUUACAAUCAGAGAAAAAGACCCCAAGAAUGUAGAGAAUGGAGCAGCCCAGCCAGAGGAACAAGAAAGUAACAAGGAAAAAGAUACCCCCAGGCGUCCUUUGUCUCAGUGUUUAUCUGCAAUUAUAUCUCCUUUAUUUGUGGAGUUGAAAGAGAAAAGUCAGGUAUAUGGUGACAACAUGGGGUCCAUAGAAGAACUGAGAGAAGCUAUUUAUUUAGCUGAGGAGGCUUGUCCAGGCAUUUCAGAUACCAUGGUGUCGCAGCUUGUACAGAGGCUUCAGAGAUAUUCACUAACUGGAGGAAGUACUUCGUCUCACUGAACUAUUGAUUUUGAGUUUUUCAAAAUCAACAGGCCACCCUGUUGUGUCUGCAUUGAGGAAAGUGCUCUCUAAUGUUGAUCUACUGCUCAAUAAAUGGAGUGCUCUUCAGUGAAAGGACAUUCCUGAAUGUGCAACAGCAAAAAUGAAGUCUCUCAGAUGGGGUGUUGUUUUUCAGCUCCUUAAAGCUAUAGAUUUUUUUAACCAUAAUGCACAUAUUUAAGGGAGAAGUGUCUUUUUAUGAAAUCUGCAAUGUAUAUUUACGUGUGUGAUAAGGACACUGAAGAUAUUGUGAAAUCUCAGGUAUUUUGCUUUAAGAUAACUCCUUUGGGAAAUAGAAAAACGUUCUGUUUGAUUGGUAUACAGAUUUGUAUAUAGUGUCAUUUUUGUACUGAAACCCUUUAAACCUGUAUAAGGCGUCAGUGUGUACAAAAUGGCCAAAUCUUCUGUAGAUAAUGUUAGUGAGGUAAAUAUUUGACAGGCCAUAACUGAGUAUUGCGUUGCCUUUAUUACAUGUAAAAUUUCAAUUAUGUGACAAGUGAUUUUGGUUUGAUUUUGUAUUUGAAGGGUUCGCCAUGGAAAGAUAGUAAAUGCCCUAUUAUGGAAACCUCCUAUUUGUACCUCAGCGUAUCCAAAUUUCCUCAUUUGUCCUACAUCCCUCUCUUUUUUUACACUCUGAAGCUGGCUUUCCGAUUAUGGUACUACUUUUGGUUUAUUUAAAUUUAACACAUCUUGUCUCCUAUAAAGCUUUAAAUUGUUUAUUUUUUCCUUACAGAAUUUUUUCAUGUUUACAUUUCAGUUUUAAAUUGUGCCCACGCAGAUUCUGAAUCAUAUGUAUUGUCCAGGUUUAGUAAUAUAUAUUUGUUGAAGCUUAUAGUGAAAUCUAAAUAUCUUUUACAUCUAAACAUAUCUGAAUGCUUACAUAAAUAAAUUUUAUAACCUACAUAUAUUUUGAAAUCUUGAAAUAUCUUACAGCCUUGGCUUUCAGAGAGUGGAAAAUGUGUCAGAUGGCUGCUGUUUGUAAUUAUAAAAUGAAAUUGUCUUGGGGAGUAAAAGAAAAAAAUUGAAUUUAUCAAUAUAUAGAAAGGCCCAAUCCUGCAGUCCUAAGUCUAUGCAUCUCCUAUUGAAACUGAUGGGAGUUACUGACAUCAGUAUUACAGGAUUGGGCCCAAAAUACUGCAUGCAGUAUCCCAUACUCUCUAUAACAAAAAAGUACAUGAAUUUUGAUCAGCUGAAAUGAAAAUCUCCAGCACUGCUGUGGUCACUUCUGAAUAACUUUUUAAAGUUAUUUAUUUUCAGUGUUGCAUCCGAUGAAGUGAGCUGUAGCUCACGAAAGCUUAUGCUCAAAUAAAUGUUAGUCUCUAAGGUGCCACAAGUCCUCCUUUUCUUUUUGUGAAUACAGACUAACACGGCUGCUCUUCUGAAAUCAUUCUCCUUGGAAAUGGUAGUUGUACGUAUUUUGUGAAGUGACAGCUCUUCAUCGUAUUUACUAUACAGUUUAGUAUAGUUUGCUUUACCAAGGGCAGAAAUAAGUAAUUUGUUUCCUUGGUAGGCAGGAGAGGGAGGAUUUUGUCUUGUUUCAGUCCACAAAUUGAUAAUUACACAUCAGGUAUGUAUUUUUGAUGCGAUGUAAUCGCCAGUUCUCUAGUUAUCUGUUCUCACAUUAUUUUAGAACUAGAAAACAAAUGACUCUUGGCAGUGAAUGAAAUAAAUGAAUAACUUAGAUACACUAUACCUGCCAGCCUAUAGCAUAAUUUUGCCAGGGAAAGUCUGAUGCUCUCUAAGAUAAAUUGUUAAAUGAUGUGGUUCCUAUUUAAAGAAGUAAAGUGCAGUUUUUCAACGCUCUCAGCUUAAUUAUCAUUUUAAUGAUUAUGUACUAUUUUGUGUGCUCUUAAAGCUAUUAAGACAUAGUUUAAUGCACUGGAAAUGUGCAUUUGAAUCUUGAUGCAGUGAAAUGAGGAAUUUACCCUUUUCAACACAGAAAUCCACAGAGAGUCAGUUCUACCAUUUGAGAUUAUGUAGUGGUAGUGUUGUGGGUGGCAUAUAGAAAUCAUCUGAAAUAAACUGAAGUUUAAAUGGAACCACUGACACCUUCCCAGUGUCAUCUAUUACUAUAAGAAUGACUUAAAAUUGAAAUGAGCUAGUUGGGAAAGAAUACACUUUUAAAAUUUAGUAGGCAAGUCAGAUUUACAAGACAAUAUGGGGUUUAACUUUGAAAUUUCUGAAGCAGAAGUUAGUCAGAAAAUUGUCUGGUGUUCGGAAGGUGUAAUCACUGACCUGUCUUUUUAUUUUGUUACGAAAAACUACCCAAUUUGAGACUUACUGAGGAUGAUUGUAACAGAUGAUGGUUGGUGAAGGCAACCUUUGAUUAAAUAACUAAACAGAGACACAGAAGGCCAAUUUGCCAAAAGCAUAAGAUUUAAAAGAAAAAAAUUGUUAAUUUAUGGUUUAGAUAUGAGUAUUUUUAUAUAUAAUAUAAAAUAUAUAUGUAAAUGCAGAUGAAUCUUCAGAUACCAUGAUUCACUGCAAAGAUCAACAUUUUGUCUUGAAUAUAAAAUGACAAUCAUUUGCUAGAGAAAAAUGUUAGUUUCAGAAAUAAAUCUGUACCAGUAAUAGAAAACUUUUUUUCAUUUGAGGCCAGUAUGUCUCUGACAUAAGUAUGGGGUAAGCAGUGUCUGAGGCAAGAUACUUAAGAAAAUUUUAAUAUUAUUUUGAGAAAAUGUCUUUUGAUAAGAACUUGACAUUAUAAUAUUGCACUUAACCUAAGUUUUUCUGGUGCCGGUAAUGGAGCUAUUUCAACAUUUCUCUUGAGUGGACUCUUCACUUGUAAGAGGUUGCGAGACUUUGGCACUAAAUAAACCGUUAAAAAAAAAGUUAACCAGAAAAAUUCUUUUAAAAUGGAAAGGUGGGUUUUUUAGUUAACCUUAAUUUCCCUUGCAGUUGCACUACCAUAGUUGAUAAACACUGUUUAGUAGAGCCUGGUGGCAUUACUAACAAUUCAUUGCACCAUGCCUCUGGUAAAAUGAUGACAGUUCUUCUGUUUCUCACAAUGUAAUCAAGUGCCAUUGCCUCUUGAAAGCUCCAACAGUUUGUAAAUGGUCCUUGAGUUAUACUUGUGAAGUGUCUGGAUCAGUUCUUGAUCUUUUAUAUAGCACUUUUUGUGUGUGUGUGUGUGUGUGUGUGUGUGAACACAUAGUACUGAUGUCAGUUUGUAACAGUUUUAUAUUUCCUUUCUUAAAGAAACAUAGCUAAUGUAUUUCAGCUACCAAUACGGCAAUAAAGUGGGAGAUCAUCAGAAAGUGUUCAUAUGCAUAGGUAUAAUGCAAGGGUCAAUAAAGAUCACAGAAAUUAAAUUA